AUGGAGGAAUCACCCGCUGACGAGGACAAAAGGCUGGAUUUCAUAGCCGAGUACGUGCUGAGAAGUCACGGGCUGAAGCGGGAUAAGUGGGACCAGUGCCUGUCCAGCCAGGACUACAGGCAGGUGCUGCAGGAUUUCCUGGACAAAGCUGACCACAGGACCCUGGUGGUGUCCGUGACCGCCGGGGGGCUGCUGGAGCCCUCCGCCUCUGCCACCUGCUCCAGAAACAAAGGUGUCUACUUUAUGAAAAAAGCCAAAACGAGACUGAGUCCCGAAUCCAUGAAAGAGAACUUAGUCUACGGGGAUUUGUCUCACGCACCGCUGGACCAGUUUUCUGCUCUAGUUGAGGAGGUUAUCGCGCCACUGCUCUCCAGCUGCACGAACCAUGCUCAGUGGCCACAGGUUGUGUCUCAGGACAUUAGGCAGUAUGUCCAUUCCCUCAGGAACAGUGUGUUUGUGGUGUCAGGCCGUGUCCAAGGCAAAACCCUGCUGCCUCACCCCGCGGGGUCGGAGAGAGAGGAGCAAGCUGCCCUGGAGACAGACACAAAGGGGGAAACGGUGGACGAGAGCAUUAUCCACUCCCUGGAGUCGGCAGUGAUUGAGUGGAGCCAUCAGAUCCACGCCAUCCUUAUGAAAGACUCCUCUGAGGCGCUGCUGGAAGGCAAAAACCCCACACCCCACACUGAGCUGCUCUUCUGGAGGAACAGAUAUGCAGAUUUGAAGUGCAUCCACUCCCAGUUGAGCUCUUCAAAAGUGAACAAAAUGGCACUGUUGUUGGAGGCUGUGGAGAGCAGCUACUUCCCAGCUUUUAGGAACCUGCAACGGAACGUCCUUGCAGCUUUGGAAGAGGCAAAGGACAUUUGCAUCUGCCUGGGGCCACUACAGCGGCUGUUUGAGGACAUGGAGAGUGCGGAGUUCCCCGAUGUCAAAGGUCAAAUUAGACCUUUGAUGCAUACAAUAUGUUUAGUGUGGGCCAACUCCAGAUAUUACAGCACCCCGGCUCGCCUCGUUGUUCUUCUGCAGAAGACCUGUAACCUCCUCACACAGCAGGCCCAGGCGUAUCUCCUUCCAGAGGAAGUUUUGAGAGGAGAGCUGUCCGAGAGUCUGCUCAGGGUGCAGACGGGCCUGGAUGUCCUGCAGCUGUUCAGGAACGCCUACGGAGAUCGCAGGGCCAAUCUGAGGCAGUACCAGAGGAACGGGAGCCUGGUGAAGCCGUGGGACUUUUCCCCACUCUUGGUUUUCUCUGGAUUCGAUCGAUUUCUUAAAAGGCUGAAAACCAUCAAGGCCAUCCUGUCAACAGCCGUGGACCUGUUGAAGCUCGAGAAACUGGAGAUUGGAGGAAUCCAAGGCCGAGCACUCAAUCAGCGGGUCCAGCUCCUUUACCAAGAGUUUUUGGACACAUAUAAGUCCUUUAUUGAGAAGCCCUACGAUUGUUUGGACAUCAGCAACAUAGAGUUUGAAGAAGAUGUGAGGGAGUUCGAACUGAAGGUGAACGACACAGACCGGAGGCUGGGAGCUGUAUUUUGCCAGGCUUUUGAUGACGCCCCAGGACUGGAGCACACCUUUAAGGUUCUGGAUAUGUUUGGCAGUCUGCUGGAGCGCCCACUGGUCGCUGCAGACGCCCUGCGCAGAUACCCGCUACUUUUGUCCAUGUUUGAGAAAGAGCUAGAUUCCUGCAAACUUGUCUACAACAAACACAUGCAGGCUCUACGGGAGCUGGGCUCUGCCCCAGUGAAUAAGAAUAUGCCAGCUGUAGCUGGAGGACUCAAAUGGGCCCAGGAGCUGCAGCAGCGCAUCCAGACCCCCUUCUUAAAAUUCAGGCAACUCUCCCACCCAUGCCUGGAUUCUGCAGAUGGAGUCAGGGUCACUCAGAAGUAUGAGGAAAUGAUGCAACUGCUGGAUAGAUACUCCGCCAGCUUGUAUAAGACAUGGGCAGAGACUGUGGGCGAGUGCUCUCAGUACAACCUCAGUUUGCCAUUAAUCAGCAGAGAUCCGGGCACUCAGCUGAUCUCAGUCAACUUCAACCGGCAGCUAACUUCAGUACUCAGGGAGGUGAAGUAUUUGGAGGCAGGGCAGACUGAGUGCAUACCAGAGGCUGCUGUGCAGAUCUACACCACCAGGGAGCAGCUGUGGCAGUACGUGGCCAACCUGGAGCUCAUUGCCGUCCGGUACAACAAGGUGAUGCACUGUGUGCUCGACGUGGAGCAUCCUCUGAUUCAGGGCCAGCUGAGGGACGCUGAUACUCAGCUCAAACAAGCCGAGGAGAGUCUGAACUGGAACAGCCAUGGUGUUUGGCUGUACAUCCAAGACUUGCGUGACUCUGUGUGCGACCUGGAGAGCCGACUCCAGAGGACCAAAGACAACGUGGAACAAAUCCAGGACUGCAUGAGGUCGUGGGCCAACCCAUUGUUUGACAGGAAAGAGGGGAAAAAAGACGCGCUGCUCGGCCUGGAGGACAGGACGGAGAGGAUUGCUAAAUUUUACAGUCGGAUACAAUCCUCCGGAGAAAAGAUCCACUUCCUUCUCGAGAGCAAUCGGGAGCUUUUCCGAGCUGAGCCGUCCUCUGAGGAGUGGAAGGCCUACGUGGAGUACAUAGACGACAUGGUUGUUGACGGUUUCUUCAACUGCAUCGAGUGCGCUCUCAAGUUUUUCUUGGACAACACUGACCAGAGAGCUGUGGUGGUCCCUCUGUUUGAGGCUCAGCUGGAUCUGAGGGUUCCUGACAUGGUCUUCACUCCCUCGCUGGAGUUUGGUGCUCGAGACAGUUUCUUCGAGAUAGUGGAGAGUCUCAUCAGUGACGUGUUCAAAAUGGCCUCGCUGGUGCCCCGGCUUGCCAAGCACAGCCCGUUCCCCCACUACCAGGCUGACAUGGAGGACAUGGCUGACCUGGCAGACAUGCGUAACCAACUCAUGGAGCGUGUGCUGAGCGCCAUGGCGGCGUGCUGUGACUUUCGGAACUCUUUGGAGCGUUACAGCUACCUGUACGUGGACAACAGGAAGGAGUUCAUGCGUCGGUUUCUUUUAUCUGGUCACAUUUCGACCAACCCUGACUUCGAGGAUGACAUUGAUAAGAGGAACCCAGAGAGUCAACCGACUCUGGAUGAUUUCAGAGCACAGGUGGAUAUUUACGAGAAGCUCCAUGAGGAGGUUCAGAGUCUUGAAGUUGUUCAUGUGUUCCAUGGAUGGAUGAGGGUGGAUGGUCGUAGCAUGAAGCGGGCACUGCUCAAUAUCAUCAAAAAAUGGAGCCUCAUGUUUAAACAGCACCUCAUAGAUCUGGUAACUAACAGUCUGUCAGAUCUGGAGAACUUCGUCAUUAGAACUGAAGCUGGGAUUGGCCAGCAGGUGGAGGAAGGUGACUACAGUGGUCUGGUCCAGGUCAUCGGUCAUUUGUUGGCUAUUAAGGAAAGACAAAACACAACCGACACCAUGUUUGAGCCUCUGAAACAAACCAUUGCCCUGCUAAAAGAGUAUGACCAAGAUCUCCCCGAAGUGGUUCACAAACAGUUAGCGGAGCUUCCAGAGAAAUGGACCAAUGUGAAAAAGCAGGCGAUGUUAGUCAAGCAGCAGGUGGCUCCUCUGCAGGCCACAGAGGUGGCGCGCCUACGCCGAAAGUGCUCUUCAUUCGAGGCCGAGCAACACAGUUUUAGGGAACACUUCUGCACCGAUGGGCCCUUCAGGUUUGACAGCAAGAGCCCCUACCAGGUGUUGGACAAGUUCCACCGGCAGAUCAGGGAAAGGGAGGCAGUUAUGGCCUCCCUGUUGGAGUCCGCAAACCUGUUUGAGGUCACUAUCUCAGAAUACAAACAGCUCCGACAGUGCAGGCGUGAAGUGGGCCUACUAAAAGAGCUGUGGGAUAUGAUCAUGUUGGUAGAAUCCAGCAUGUCAGCGUGGAGGACCACUCCUUGGAGAAAGAUCAAUGUGGAGGACAUGGAACUGGAGUGCAAACGCUUUUCUAAAGACAUUCGGAUGCUGGACAAAGAGGUUAGAGCAUGGGAGGCCUUCACAGGUCUGGACAGCAGGGUGAAGAACAUCCUCACCUCGCUCCGGGCUGUGGCCGAGCUCCAAAACCCAGCCAUUCGAACCAGACACUGGCACCAACUAAUGAAUGCCACCGGAGUCUGCUUCACCAUGGACCAGGACACCACUCUGGCAGAUCUGCUGAAGCUCAAUCUGCACUGCUUCGAAGAGGAAGUGAGAGGCAUCGUGGACAAAGCUGCCAAAGAGAUGGCCAUGGAGAAAGUCCUGUCCGAGCUCAACUCCACGUGGACAGGUAUGAGGUUCCAGUAUGAGCCCCACCACAGGACCCGGGUUCCCUUGCUCCGCACAGAUGAAGAGCUGAUUGAGACGCUGGAGGAUAACCAGGUUCAGCUGCAGAACCUCAUGUCAUCCAAGCACAUUGCACACUUCCUGGAUGAAGUGUCUUUAUGGCAGAGCAAGCUGUCUGUGGCAGACUCGGUCAUCUCCAUCUGGUUUGAGGUUCAGCGGACAUGGACCCACCUGGAAAGCAUCUUCAUCGGCUCAGAGGACAUCCGCUCACAGCUGCCCGAGGAUUCCAGGCGCUUUGAGGGGAUUGAUGCUGAUUUCAAAGAGCUGGCAAACGCCAUGCAUCAAACACCAAACGUAGUGGAGGCCACCAACAAACCAUGCCUGUUUGGUAAACUGGAGGACAUCCAGAACAGGCUCUCUCUGUGUGAAAAAGCUCUGGCAGAGUACCUGGACACCAAGCGGUUGGCCUUCCCGAGAUUUUACUUCAUCUCCUCAGCUGAUUUGCUGGACAUUCUGUCAAAUGGGACCAACCCACAGCAGGUCCAGAAGCAUCUGUCUAAGCUGUUUGACAACAUGGCUAAGAUGCGAUUUGAGGCUGAUGAAGGAGGAAAUCCCAAGACCGGUGUGGGCAUGUACAGCAAAGAGGAAGAGUAUGUCCCCUUUAAUCAGUCCUGUGACUGCACUGGACAGGUGGAGAUGUGGCUGAACCGGGUUCUGGAAACCAUGCGGUCCACAGUUCGCCAUGAGAUGUCAGAGGCGGUGACAGCUUACGAGGAGAAACCCAGAGAGCAGUGGCUUUUUGACUACCCAGCUCAGGUGGCGCUGACCUGCACUCAGAUAUGGUGGACCUCUGACGUCAACAUGGCUUUCGCCCGUCUCGAGGAAGGCUCUGACAACUCGAUGAAGGAGUACUACAGAAAACAGGUGUCCCAGCUCAACACCCUCAUUUCCAUGCUGAUCGGCCAGCUCUCCCCGGGCGACAGGCAGAAAGUCAUGACCAUCUGCACCAUCGACGUUCACGCCAGAGACGUGGUGGCCAAGAUGAUCGCGCAGAAGGUGGAAAACUCUCAGGCCUUCGUGUGGCUCUCCCAGCUUAGACAUCGCUGGGAUGACAAGGAGAGGCAUUGUUUUGCCAACAUCUGCGAUGCCCAGUUUCUCUAUUCGUACGAGUACCUGGGCAACACGCCACGAUUAGUCAUCACUCCUCUAACAGACAGAUGCUACAUCACGUUGACUCAGUCCCUCCACCUAACUAUGAGUGGAGCCCCAGCAGGGCCUGCAGGCACAGGCAAGACCGAGACUACUAAAGACCUGGGACGAGCCCUGGGCAUCAUGGUGUACGUGUUCAACUGCUCUGAGCAGAUGGACUAUAAGUCAUGCGGGAACAUCUACAAAGGCUUGGCUCAGACGGGGGCAUGGGGCUGCUUCGACGAGUUUAACAGGAUCUCUGUGGAAGUGCUGUCUGUGGUGGCUGUACAGGUCAAAAGCAUUCAAGAUGCCAUCCGUGAUAAGAAGCAGAGAUUCAACUUCAUGGGAGAGGAGGUGAACCUCUGUCGCUCUGUGGGGAUCUUCAUCACCAUGAAUCCAGGCUAUGCCGGCAGGACUGAGCUUCCUGAGAACCUCAAAGCUCUUUUCAGACCGUGUGCCAUGGUGGUGCCAGACUUCGAGCUCAUCUGUGAAAUCAUGCUGGUGGCCGAAGGUUUUAUCAAUGCACGCGUCCUUGCCAGGAAAUUCAUUACCCUCUACACAUUGUGUAGAGAGCUGCUGUCCAAACAGGACCACUAUGACUGGGGCCUUCGAGCCAUCAAGUCGGUGUUAGUGGUGGCCGGCUCUCUGAAAAGGGGAGACCCAGGCCGAGCCGAAGACCAGGUGCUAAUGAGAGCUCUGAGAGACUUCAACAUUCCCAAGAUCGUCACCGACGACAUGCCGGUGUUCAUGGGGCUGAUAGGAGAUCUGUUCCCCUCGCUGGACAUCCCCAGGAAAAGAGACCUGGACUUUGAAACUUACGUGAAGCAGUCUAUUCUGGACUUGAAGUUGCAAGCUGAGGACAAUUUUGUGCUCAAGGUGGUGCAGCUGGAGGAGCUGCUGGCGGUGCGUCACUCCGUGUUUGUGAUCGGGAAUGCAGGCACCGGAAAGAGUCAAGUCAUGAGGUCCCUCCAGAGGACCUAUCAGAACAUGAAGCGUCGGCCUGUGUGGGCGGACCUGAACCCGAAGGCUGUGACCAACGAUGAGCUCUUUGGAAUCAUCAACCCGGCUACUAGAGAGUGGAAAGACGGCCUGUUUUCCAGUAUAAUGCGCGAACUGGCCAACAUUAGUCACGGUGGGCCUAAGUGGAUUGUUCUGGAUGGAGAUAUUGACCCAAUGUGGAUUGAGUCACUCAACACAGUCAUGGAUGACAACAAGGUUCUGACUUUGGCCAGCAAUGAAAGAGUCCCUCUGAACCCCACCAUGAGGCUGGUGUUUGAGAUCAGCCACCUUCGCACCGCUACCCCAGCAACUGUAUCCAGAGCAGGCAUCCUUUACAUAAAUCCAGCUGAUCUCGGUUGGAACCCACAGGUGUCCAGUUGGAUUGACAAGAGAAACGUCCAAUCAGAGAAAGCCAACCUGACUAUACUGUUUGACAAGUAUCUUCCCUCUUGUCUGGACGCCCUCAGAUCAAGGUUCAAGAAGAUCAUCCCAAUCCCCGAGCAGAGUCUGGUUCAGAUGCUGUGCUACCUACUUGAGUGUCUUCUGACUCCUGAAAACACGCCACCUGACAGCGCCAAAGAACUUUAUGAACUCUAUUUUGUCUUUGCUGCCGUCUGGGCCUUUGGGGGAGCCUUGUUCCAGGACCAGCUGGUCGACUACAGAGUGGAGUUCAGCAAGUGGUGGGUUGCUGAGUUCAAAACCAUUAAGUUCCCAUCCCAGGGCACCGUGUUUGAUUACUACAUUGACCCGGAGAGCAAGAGGUUCGAACCAUGGACAAAAAUGGUGCCCAAGUUCGAAAUGGAUGCAGAGACGCCUCUUCAGGCAUGUGUGGUUCACACCACAGAGACCAUUAGAGUCCGCUACUUUAUGGACCGCCUCCUGGAGCGCCGCAGGCCGGUGAUGCUGGUCGGGAACGCUGGCACCGGGAAGUCCGUUCUGGUCAGAGAAAAGCUCGAAUCGCUGGAUCCCGAGAAAUACAUGGUCAAAAACGUGCCAUUUAACUACUACACCACUUCUGCAAUGCUCCAAGCUGUGCUGGAAAAUCCCCUUGAGAAGAAAGCGGGCCGCAACUAUGGACCUCCAGGCAGCAAAAGACUUAUUUACUUCAUAGACGACAUGAAUAUGCCUGAGGUGGAUGCAUAUGGCACGGUCCAACCUCACACACUCAUACGCCAACAUAUGGACUAUAACCAUUGGUACGAUCGGAGUAAGCUGCUUUUGAAAGAAAUACUCAACAUUCAGUACGUGUCCUGCAUGAACCCCACAUCUGGCAGCUUUACCAUUAAUCCACGACUGCAGCGCCACUUCUCAGUCUUUGCGUUGUCGUUUCCCGGAGUCGAGGCCUUGAGCACCAUCUACAGCUCCAUUCUGUCUCAGCACCUGAGGAGGGAGGGCUUCAGCUCCGUGCUGCACAGGAGCUGCUCCACCCUCGUCCAGUUGGCCCUGGCCCUGCACCAGCAGAUCUCCUCCACCUUCCUCCCCACAGCCGUCAAGUUCCACUACAUCUUCAACCUUCGCGACCUGUCCAACAUUUUCCAGGGCAUUCUUUUCUGUACUGGUGAGUGUCUAAAAGCCCCCGCGGACCUGCUGAAAAUCUACCUGCAUGAGUCCACCAGGGUCUACAGAGACAAGCUGGUGGAGGAGCCGGACAUCCAGGUCUUUGAUAAGCUGCAAGCAGACACAGUGAAAAAGUUCUUCGAGGACAUGGAUGAAACCCUAGAGCAGAGCCGGGAGAUGAACCUGUACUGCCACUUUGCCCGUGGGCUGGGGGAGGCCAGGUACAUGGCUGCAGAGUCAUGGAGCAGCCUCAGUAAGACCCUGCAAGAGGCUCUGGACAGCUACAAUGAGGUCAACGCCACCCUGAACCUGGUGCUGUUCGAGGACGCCAUGGCUCACAUCUGCCGAAUAAACCGAAUCCUGGAGUCUCCACGGGGCAACGCGCUGCUCGUCGGAGUGGGUGGAAGCGGCAAGCAGAGUCUGACCCGACUGGCUGCCUUCAUCUCCAAUCUGGAGGUUUUUCAGAUCACCUUGAGGAAAGGCUACAGUAUCACUGACCUGAAGAGUGACCUGGCCUCCCUCUACAUCAAAGCCGGCGUGAAGAACACCGGCACCGUGUUCCUAAUGACCGACGCUCAAGUGGCGGAGGAGAAGUUCCUCGUCCUGGUCAACGAUCUGCUGGCGUCGGGAGAAAUCUCGGAGCUGUUCCCCAGUGACGAGGUGGAGAACAUCGUUGGCAGCAUGAGGCCAGAAGUUCGCAGCUCAGGACUGAUGGAUACGAGGGAAAACUGCUGGAAAUUCUUCAUUGGCCGCGUUCGCAGACAGCUCAAGGUCGCUCUGUGUUUCUCUCCAGUGGGCAGUAAACUGAGAGUUCGCAGCAGGAAGUUCCCCGCCGUGGUCAACUGCACGGCCAUCGACUGGUUCCACGAGUGGCCACAGGGGGCGCUGGAGUCGGUCAGCUUCAGGUUCCUGCAGGAGGUGGAAUGCAUAGAGCCUCAGGUGAAGCAGUCAGUGAGCAAAUUCAUGGCUUAUGUCCACACGAGCGUCAAUCAAACAUCCAGAGAGUAUCUGGCUAAUGAAAGGCGCUACAACUACACCACACCCAAGUCUUUCCUGGAGCAGAUCAAGCUCUAUCGCAGCCUGCUGGAUCAGAAGAGCACGGAGUUAACCACCAAGAUGGAGCGGCUGGAAAACGGUCUGCAGAAGCUCAGCAGCACCUCUGAACAGGUGGACGACCUCAAGGCCAAACUGGCUGUUCAAGAAGUGGAACUCAAGCAGAAGAAUGAAGAUGCUGAUAAGUUGAUUCAGGAGGUCGGGAUAGAAACUGAGAAAGUGUCAAAGGAGAAGGCUGUGGCCGAUGAGGAAGAAGAAAAGGUGGCAGCCAUUGCUGUCGUGGUCAGUGGCAAACAGAGAGACUGUGAGGAGGACUUAGCCAAGGCUGAACCAGCUCUUCUCGCAGCUCAGGAUGCCCUUAACACUCUCAAUAAAAACAACUUAACCGAGCUGAAGUCGUUCGGUUCUCCCGUGGCGGCGGUGACCAACGUGACGGCGGCGGUGAUGGUCCUGAUGGCCCCCGGCGGCAAAGUCCCCAAGGACCGCAGCUGGAAGGCCGCCAAAGUCACGAUGGCCAAGGUGGACGCCUUCCUGGACUCUCUGAUAAACUUCGACAAGGAGAACAUCCCGGAGGCUUGCCUGAAAGCCAUUCGGCCCUACCUGCAGGAUCCAGACUUCCAGCCAGAUCUGGUGGCCUCCAAGUCCUAUGCCGCGGCGGGUCUGUGCUCCUGGGUUCUGAAUAUUGUCAAGUUCUACGAGGUUUACUGCGAGGUGGAGCCCAAGCGGCAGGCCCUAAGCAAAGCCAACGCUGAGCUGGCUGCUGCACAAGAGAAGCUCGCCGCCAUCAAAAGCAAGAUCAGCUACCUUAAUGAGAACCUGGCAAAGCUCACAGCCAAGUUCGAGAAAGCCACCGCGGACAAGCUUAAGUGCCAACAGGAAGCAGAGCUGACUGCCCGCACCAUUUCACUGGCCAACCGUCUGGUGGGUGGUCUUAUAUCCGAGAAGGUCCGCUGGACAGAAUCCCUCGCAAUCUUUAAGAAGCAGGAGAGGACCCUGUGUGGAGAUGUCCUCCUCAUAAGUGCCUUCAUCUCUUACCUGGGAUAUUUAACCAAACACUACAGAGUCCAGCUUAUGGAUAACUUCUGGAGGCCUUAUCUCAGCCAACUGGAAGUUCCCAUCCCGGUGACUCCGGACCUGGACCCCUUGACCAUGCUGACGGACGCCGCCGACGUCGCCGCCUGGCAGAACGAGGGUCUGCCGGCCGACAGGAUGUCCACCGAGAACGCCACCAUCCUCACCUCCUGCCAGCGCUGGCCGCUCAUCGUGGACCCUCAGCUGCAGGGCAUCAAGUGGAUCCGGAACAAGUACGGGGAGAAGCUGCGGCUCAUCCGCAUGGAGCAGCGAGGGUAUCUGGAUGCAGUGGAGAGAGCGCUGGCAGCAGGUGACGUGGUACUCAUAGAGAACUUAGGGGAAGUAUUGGAUCCUGUUCUCGGACCUCUGCUGAGCAGGGAAACCAUUAAAAAGGGAAGGUACAUCAAGAUUGGAGACAAGGAGUGUGAGUACAACCCCAGUUUCCGCCUCAUUCUGCACACAAAGCUGGCCAACCCUCAUUACCAGCCCGAGCUGCAGGCCCAGUGCACCUUGAUCAAUUUCACAGUGACCAGAGAUGGUCUGGAGGACCAGCUGCUGGCGUCAGUGGUCAGCAUGGUGAGACCUGACCUGGAACAGCUCAAGUCAAACCUGACAAAGCAGCAGAAUGGAUUUAAGAUUACCCUGAAGACCCUGGAGGACAACCUGCUGUCCCGUUUGUCCUCUGCUUCCGGAAACUUCCUGGGAGACACGGAGCUGGUGGAAAACCUGGAGACCACCAAACGUACUGCUGCAGAAAUAGAGGAGAAGGUAGAAGAAGCCAAAGUGACAGAGGCCAAAAUCAAUGAGGCUCGGGAGCACUACAGACCAGCAGCAGCGCGGGCUUCCUUAUUGUACUUCAUAAUGAACGACCUCAAUAAAAUCCAUCCCAUGUACCAGUUCUCUCUCAAGGCAUUCAGUGUGGUCUUCCAGAAAGCUGUUCUGAAGGCAGAGCCGGACGAGGCCCUGCCCCAGCGGGUGUCCAACUUAAUUGACAGCAUCACGUCCUCAGUCUUCCAGUACACCACCAGAGGCCUGUUUGAGUGUGACAAGCUCACGUACAUCGCUCAGCUCGUGUUUCAGAUACUCCUGAUGAAUAAUGAAAUAAACCCCGCAGAGCUGGACUUCCUCCUGAGAUACCCGGUCCAACCAGGUGUAACGUCGCCAGUGGAUUUUCUAUCCAGUCACUCUUGGGGCGGGAUCAAGUCGCUGUGUUCCAUGGAAGAGUUCAGAAACCUGGACCGAGACAUCGAAGGUUCGGCCAAACGCUGGAAGAAGUUCGUGGAGUCCGAGUGUCCGGAGAAAGAGAAAUUCCCACAGGAGUGGAAGAGCAAAAGCUCGCUGCAGAGGCUGUGCAUGAUGAGGGCUCUGAGGCCCGACCGCAUGACGUACGCCGUCAGAGACUUUGUAGAGGAGAAACUGGGAAGCAAGUACGUGAUUGGCAGAUCGCUAGACUUCGCCGUCUCCUUUGAAGAGUCGGGUGCAGCUACACCGAUGUUCUUCAUCCUCUCUCCAGGAGUGGACCCUUUGAAGGAUGUGGAGAAACACGGUAAGAAGCUGGGAUACACAUUCGACAACAACAACUUCCACAACGUGUCUCUUGGUCAAGGGCAGGAGGUCAUAGCUGAACGAGCCCUUGAUUUGGCCUCUAAGAGUGGCCAUUGGGUCAUUUUACAGAACAUCCACCUGGUGGCUCGUUGGCUGGGCACCCUGGAGAAAUUACUGGAGCAGCAGGCGGAGGGGAGCCACGAGAGCUUCAGGGUGUUUGUCAGCGCCGAGCCCUCCUCCACCCGUGAGGGCCACAUCAUCCCCCAGGGCAUCCUGGAGAACUCCAUCAAGAUCACCAACGAGCCCCCCACCGGAAUGCAUGCCAACCUGCACAAGGCCCUGGACAACUUCAACCAGGACUCGCUGGAGAUGUGUGCCCGGGAGAACGAGUUUAAGAACAUCUGGUUCGCUCUCUGCUACUUCCACGCUGUGGUCGCGGAGAGGCGCAAAUUUGGUCCCCAGGGUUGGAACAGAUCAUACCCCUUCAACAUCGGGGAUCUCACCAUUUCUGUCAAUGUCCUCUACAACUAUCUGGAGGCCAAUCCUAAGGUACCGUAUGACGACCUGCGCUACCUGUUCGGUGAGAUCAUGUAUGGGGGUCACAUCACGGACGACUGGGACCGCCGUCUGUGCCGGACCUACCUGGAGGAGUUCAUCAAGCCAGAGAUGAUGGAGGGGGAGCUGUAUCUGGCACCAGGUUUCCCCUUACCUGGAAACAUGGACUACGCCAGUUACCAUCAGUAUGUUGAUGACACGUUACCACCGGAGUCCCCCUACCUGUACGGCCUUCAUCCCAAUGCAGAGAUCGGCUUCCUCACUCAGACGUCAGAGAAGCUUUUCCGCACCGUGCUGGAGAUGCAGCCCAGGGACGGAGGAGUCGGAGAGGGGGGUGGAAGCACCAGAGAGGAGAAGGUGCGUGCAGCUCUGGACGAUAUCAUGGAGAGACUUCCAGAGGAAUUCAACAUGGCCGAGCUUCUAGGAAAGGCCGAGGAGAGGACCCCCUACCAGGUGGUGGCCUUGCAGGAGUGUGAACGCAUGAACGUCCUCACCCAGGAGAUCCGGCGCUCCCUGCAGGAGUUAAGCCUCGGACUUAAGCUGACGAUGACCAGUGACAUGGAGACCCUUCAGAAUGCCAUUUUCCUGGACACGGUGCCCGACAGCUGGACCAAACUGGCCUAUCCCUCCAUGUUGGGACUGGCUCUGUGGGUCUCAGACCUCCUCGCCAGGAUCAAAGAGCUCGAAGCCUGGUCAGCUGACUUCCUGCUGCCCUCCGUGGUGUGGCUGGCCGGCUUCUUCAACCCGCAGUCCUUCCUCACGGCCAUCAUGCAGGCCAUGGCCAGGAGGAACGAGUGGCCUCUGGACAGUAUGUCCCUGCAGUGUGACGUCACAAAGAAGAAUCGGGAGGAUUUCAGCUCCCCGCCUCGGGAGGGGGCCUACAUUCACGGGCUGUACAUGGAGGGCGCACGGUGGGAUACACAGACCGGUUUGCUCGUAGACGCCCGCCUGAAAGAGCUCACCCCAGCCAUGCCGGUCAUCUUCAUUAGGGCCAUCCCCGUGGACAAGCAGGAGAACAGAAACGUCUACCAGUGUCCUGUCUACAAAACUCCCCAGCGGGGACCCACGUACGUGUGGACCUUUAAUCUGAAGACCAAAGACAGCCCCUCCAAGUGGACCUUAGCCGGGGUGGCGCUGCUCCUGCAGGUCUAGCAUGGUAUGUCCACUGGUACUCACAGGGUGAACAGCCACAGUCCUUUUUUGGCCCAAAAAGAGUUUUAGCACGGUUUAGAUUUGUUUUGUUAAUUGAUUUAAGAACUUAAGCUGUCUCUUCAUGGAAGCUUUAAAUGUGAACUUUUGAAAACUUUUUGAAGCUGACCAACUUCACGAGAAAACCACUCUAAAUGCAAUCUUACAUAUAUUUCAGUGCAUAUAGUUUUAUAGUGAAUUGUGGGUGUUUUGGGAGCACAACGGAUAUAUUAAAGCAUCCUUGAAAUUACACCAAUAAAAUAAUAUGUCCUUCAAAAAACAAAUUAGCAUCAUAACAGUCCUUUGGGGAAAAAAAACUAUUUUCAACUUUGGGCGACACCCAUUUUAUUCUAUCAUUUUAAGUAGCUCAUGAUUGUUAACUGAUGAUUGCAGUGUCUGGAACCGAUGCGAAUACAUUUGUUUGAUGACUAAAUUAUUCUACUUAAUGAUUCUUCUUGACUUCUGGGAUGACAGUUCUGUUAUCACAGACGUUCUUUGUAGCAUAUGUCUGUCAGCCAGCAAGACUUUGACCAUCCCUGAGCCCAGUAUCUGUCUAGACAAAAAUCUGAUAAUGACUGAAGAAAAAGGUCAUUGAUACUGCAAUUAAAAGACCAUAUUACUAAUUUCUAAGUAAA